GAUCAAUUGACGCAAAGGCAAUUGAUGGCUCAACAUGAUUUGAGGUUGGAGGCCAUCGCUAGUAGGUUGGAGGCCAUAUUCGUGGCUGUGCGGCUCAGAUUGGAAGGAAUCGGACCAAAGUCUUCCGACGAAGUAGCAUCGCGGGGGCCCAAUGGAAUCUGCCGAAAGCCCUGAGCACUCGUUGGAUUUGAAGAUCAGUCGAAAGCGUAAAAGAUCUGGGCAGCUUCGCUCUGACUUUGUACACCCUGCAGGGCCAGGUGAACUGCCAUGGGCCUGGCGUUUGGCAGACACACUUAGCACACCGCGUAGAUCUCCGGUCGAAACUCGACAGGAGUCACUUCCAAAGCAGCUGGAAGCAAAGCCAAAGGAGCCAAAGUCUGAAGACGACUCGCUGCUUGCUCCAUUUGCGCAGAUUCUUCCUUGGGAGCCUUUCUUCCGGGACACUUUGACGUGCACUCUGCCCGAGCAAAUGCUUGAAAAGAACGUUCUUCCUUGGGCGUGGCGUUUGCCCUUUGCGUGUGAGCCAUGAAAUGCGGUGCGGUUGAUGACCUGGUGCAUCUGAUGACGGUCAAUGUUUGCAAAUAAAUUAGCAGCUCCCGCAAGGAACCAAUUAAUUAUGGCACAGCUUGCCUGUGUGCCUGUGUAGUGGCAGGGAAAAAAGUGCGCAGAUUUGCUUAUCCAGUUGAAAUCAAAUGUUGCCAGCAUGUUUGCCGCGAAGCCUGAUGAAAAGCUCGUUUGUUGACUCCAAGUCUUAGCAA